AAAAGCUUACACCCCCAACAAUGGCAGUGACCUCUCUUUCUCCUCUAUUAACCUCUCAAACCUUAAAUCCUCUAGCAAACAAAGCCCUACCCAAAUCCAAUGACUCUCCAACUACUACUUUUAAAAAUUGCAAAAACCUGAUUCAACUCAGAAAACUGCACUCUCGAAUCACCAAGCAAGGACUGAUUAACCAUCCCUCUACCAUAACGAAGCUUAUAUCCACAUGUACUGAAAUGGGGACUUUUGAUAGCUUAGUUUACGCUAAAAACAUCUUAAAUCAGUUUUUACAGGAUAAUCAGAAUGGUGCUGCUUUAUAUAUGUACAAUUCAUUGAUUAGAGGUUACUCUUCCAUUGGUCUUGGUAAUGAAGCUGUCUGGGUUUAUCUGGAAAUGCUGAGUCUGGCCAUUUUACCUGAUAAAUAUACAUUCCCCUUCUUAUUAAGUGCGUGCACAAAGGUUUCAGCGUGUGCCGAGGGUUUUCAGGUUCAUGGGUCGAUUAUAAAAAUGGGUUUUCAAGGGGAUGUGUUUAUAUUAAAUUCUUUGAUUCAUUUCUACGCAGAAUGUGGGGAGAUUGUGUUGGCACGCAAGGUGUUCGAUGAAAUGACUGUGAGGAAUGUUGUAUCUUGGACCAGUUUGAUUUGCGGCUAUGCAAUGUGCUUUGCUAAGGAAGCUGUUGAAUUGUUUUUCGAGAUGGUGGAGGAACGUACUAUGCCGAAUUCAGUUACGAUGGUUUGUGUAAUUUCCGCCUGUGCAAAGUUGAAGAAUCUUGAAUUGGGCGAGAGAGUGUGUGAAUAUAUUAGUAAGUUGGGAGUGAAAAUCAAUACUUUAAUGGUGAAUUCCCUUGUUGAUAUGUAUAUGAAAUGCGGUGAUUUUGAAACUGCGAAACGGCUGUUCGACGAAUCUGAAGAGAAAAACUUGGUUCUUUGCAACACAAUAAUGUCAAAUUAUGUGCAAGAUGGGAGGGAAGCACUUGCUAUCUUAGAUGAAAUGUUAGAGAGGAUGGUGCCUGAUAGGGUUACUAUACUAUCUACAAUCUCAGCAUCUGCGCAAUUAGGCAACAUUUUGUGGGGAAAAUGUUGUCAUGGUUAUGUUUUGAGGAAUGGACUUGAAGGUUGGGAUAGUAUUUCGAAUGCUCUAAUAGACAUGUAUAUGAAGUGUGGUAAACAGGAAGUGGCAUGUGCCGUUUUCUAUCGCAUGGCUAACAAGACCGUUGUGUCGUGGAAUUCGUUAAUUGCAGGUUAUAUUAGAAAUGGCGAUGUUAGUUCAGCCUGGGAUCUCAAUAGUAUGCCAGAGAGUGAUAUUGUGUCUUGGAACACCAUAAUUAGUGCUUUGGUACAAGAGAGCAUGUUAAAAGAAGCCAUUCAACUUUUCCGAACAAUGCAAAAUUGUGGCAUAAAAGCAGAUAGAGUGACCAUGGUGAGUAUUGCAUCUGCCUGCGGAUACCUAGGAGCACUUGAUCUUGCUAAGUGGAUUCAUGCUUACAAAAAGAACAAUAUUCCAUUUGACAUCCGUUUAAGUACAGCUUUAGUCUAUAUGUUUGAGUGUGGUGAUACUUCGACUGCAAUGAAGAUCUUCAAUAAAAUGGGGAAAAAAGAUGUGUCGGCUUGGAGUGCUGCCAUUGGAGCAAUGGCUAUGGAGGGAAACGGCAAUCAAGCUAUUAAGAUUUUCAACAAGAUGCUCAGGCAAGGAGUCAAGCCUGAUGGAGUAGUAUUCGUGGGGUUGUUAACAGCAUGCAGUCAUGGAGGGCUAGUCAAAGAAGGACAAGAUCUUUUCCAGUCAAUGAAGUCGGUCCACAAAAUCUCUCCCCAAAUUGUGCACUAUGGCUGUGUGGUUGAUUUGCUAGGCCGUGCUGGAUUGUUGGAAGAAGCUCUAGAUCUAAUAAAAAACAUGCCGAUGGAGCCUAAUGAUGUAAUUUGGGGGUCUCUAUUAGCUGCAUGCAGGAUGCACAGAAAUGUUGAUAUGGCAGGAUAUGUAGCUGAAAGGAUCAAAGAAUUGGCUUCUGAUAGAACUGGUAUCCAGGUGCUUCUAUCUAACAUAUAUGCCUCUGCUGGGAAAUGGACCGAUGUUGCAAAGGUAAGGUUACAGUUGAAGGAGAAGGGGGCUCGAAAAGUUCCCGGAUCUAGCUCGAUAGAAAUAAAUGGAGAAAUUCACGAGUUCACUUCGGGUGAUGAAUCACAUCCAGAAAUGGUUCACGUAGAACUAAUGCUGGAUGAAAUGCACUGCAGAGUGAAAGCUGCUGGCCAUGCUCCAGAUCUUAGUAAUGUUCUACUUAAUGUUGAUGCAGAGAAAGAAUCUUUACUUGGUAGACAUAGUGAAAAACUAGCAAUGGCGUUUGGGCUAAUCAGUACCAACCAGGGAAUGCCACUUCGGGUCGUUAAGAAUCUCCGAAUCUGCUCUGACUGUCAUUCAUUUGCAAAAUUGGUAUCGAGAACAUAUGACAGAGAGAUCAUAAUCCGAGAUAACAAUAGAUUUCAUUUCUUUCAUAAAGGACUCUGUUCUUGUAAUGAUUAUUGGUGAUACCAACUUGCAACCUUACUGAGUG